AUGCACAAUAUAGUAGUGAUAGGAGCUGGGGUUGUUGGGUUAACCAAUGCUUUGGAAAUCAAGAGAGCGUUCCCCGGUGUAUCGGUUACAAUAGUAGCUAAGAAUCUUCCUGGUGAUUUGACUACGGAAUAUACCUCUCCUUUUGCUGGUGCAAAUUGGGAAUCCUUUGCAAGUAAUGAAGACAAAGCCCUCCAAGAAAUGGACGCAGUUGGGUAUCAUAGGUUGAUUGAGCUCUGUGAUGAACCAGCUGCGGGAAUCUGGCGCAAAGAAAAUUUCAUCUACUUUGACGAAACCAAACUCAAAGAAAAUGACUCAGACAUACUGAAACUACGUCCUUGGUUCAAAUCAGUGGUGAAUAAUUACCGAGAAUUGGAUGCCUCUGAGCUACCAGAAGGUGCCGUCUGGGGCUACUCGUAUGGCGGAUUAGUCAUUUCUGUUCCAAUUUAUUUGCAAUAUCUCGUUGGACAGUGCUUGAGGGAAGGCAUAGUUAUAAGGAGAACCAAAGAAUUGAAAUCGGUUCAGGAGGCCAGAAAGUUACACAGCAGUGGUCAGGAUGCACACACCGUCAUCAACUGUGCUGGGAUAUUAGUUUCACGCUUGGGAGGUUUUAAAGAUCCCAGCAAACUGUACCCAGUAUUGGGCCAAGUAUUACUCACACGUAAUAGCUUGGAAAACAUAGAAAUAUUCGAGCUUUCUGAUCCCGAUUACCCUGAUGAAAUUCCAUACCUUUUUCCUCGGAAAGAAGGUGGCUCAAUAAUAGGAGGCUGCUUUCGGAAAAAUAUUGGGCCUGGUCCUGUGGUAGAGGAUAAAGAAUUAACGAAGCGUUUAAUUCAGCGAGCCACAAGGUUAGUACCGCAACUUACUGACACAAGCUACAAAAACAAUCCAGGACACAUAGAUAUAGUGCGAGUGGCUGUUGGAUUACGGCCAUUUCGUGAGGACGGAAUUCGAAUCGAGCAGGACUCAGAGCACGAAUGGUUAAUUCAUAGCUAUGGAGCUGGAGCUGGCGGUUACCAAGGUAGCUACGGAUUCAGCCACAAGGUGGUGCAAUUACUUGCAACCCGGAUAAACAAUUCCAAAUUAUAG